GGAACGUUUGAAAGUUUCCCGCGUCUUUAUCGUCAUGAAUCUCCAGAAAACUGCUGUUUUUCAACGGAUUUGUCCCUCUAAUGGACCACAAAACUAACAAGAAUACACAUUAUCUCGUUCAAUAUUCGUUGGUGCUGUGACUUUUUAGGAAUUUCGGUCUAAAGGGGUCUAAAUCAAUGUUCUCCGUCGCGCAGAAUUUGCUCGCACGAUUCAUGUCGAGCAAGAACUUCGUCAAAGUUGUCUUACCUUAAACAAUUUCAUCGAAAUAAGAGAAAACAAGCCAUGGCAGAGGGAGUAUCAUACACAAUUCAUGGGACUAAGUUGUUUUUUCCCUGUAAAGCGUACCCAACACAACUAUGUAUGAUGGACAAGAUUAUGAAGGGUCUUGAUCGUAAGCAACACUGCCUGCUUGAAAGCCCUACUGGAAGUGGUAAAAGUCUGGCUCUGUUGUGUUCUUGCCUUGCAUGGCAGACAUUUCAAUAUGAAAAAGCAAAGACACAGAGGGAAGAAGAAGCAGUAUGCAAAGCAAGUCCUGCACCAGGUUGUUGUCAUAGUGAUAAUAAUUCAGCACCACCUACGAUUAAACCAGAAAAGACCCAAGUUUCUACAGCAACAGGUUGUUGCCAUAGUGAUAAUAAAUCAGCGUCACCUACGAUUAAACCAGAAAAGAUCCAAGUUGUUGAUCUGACUAUCAAUAGUCCUAUCAAAAACCUUCCUCGGCUACCGAUUGAAGACUCCACUCCAUUGAAAGUGGCAACAGCUGAACAGAAACUAAACUGUGAUGAAGAAGAUGACUUCAAAUGUGAAAAUAAACGCUUCAGAACACCAGGAACAACAACAGUUGUUUCAAAGUAUCUUAAAUCAGAAAUUGAAGACAGUAGAAGUUACAAUGCAGAUUAUAAUAAUGCCACAAAGAAUGAUCCACCAGAAUGGAAGAUUGAGCUUCCAAACAAGGAAAGUCCUUGCUCAAGCAAUGAGACGAAAUCUUCUGGGGAAAGUGAUAAUAAGAAGAAUAAGAAAAAUGUAGAACAAAUCAGAGUUCCUAAAAUAUACUUUGGCACAAGGACACACAAGCAAGUAGCUCAGAUUACCCGUGAACUUGGCAAGACAGCUUACAAAGAUAUAAAGAUGUGUAUUCUGGCUAGCCGAGAACACACAUGCAUUCAUCCCAGAGUGUCUACUGGAAGGAACAAGAAUGAAGAGUGCAGGAAGCUUCUUGAUAAUGCUGUUAAGGGGGAGACAUGUUCCUACUAUCCUAAAGCCACCACACUUGGUAACCAAGCAAACAUCAAACGUCUGGGACUAACAAGUGCAUGGGACAUUGAAGACUUGACCAGAGUUGGGAAGAAACUAAGGGCCUGUCCAUACUAUGCUGCAAGAGAGUUAAUGAAAGAAGCAGAUAUUGUAUUCUGCCCCUAUAACUACCUUAUAGACCCUAAGAUAAGACAGCAGAUGGAAAUAGAGUUAAAGGACCAGAUAGUUGUCUUAGAUGAAGCUCAUAAUGUAGAGGAUUCUGCAAGGGAAUCAGCCAGCCUCACUAUAACUGCAAUGGAUUUAAAGGAAACAAUGGAUGACAUAGAUAAAAUGAUAUCCUGGAGAAUAAUGCCAAACAAUUACCAACCACUACAUCUAAUGUGUGGUAACUUAAUGCGAUGGAUGACCAAGAAUUCUGAGGGACGAAUGAAGGACAGAGGUUUUGAACAGGCUGUCAGUGUGAUGUCAGGAACAGACAUACUUGAGGGACUAAGAGAAGCAGGGAUGACAGCUGGUGCUUACACAAUGUAUCAGAAUCUUUUUGGCGAGAUAAUGGCUGCAGAUAGAGAUCCUGAUAUGCAAUAUGAGAAAACCAGUCCUUCCCCCCAUAGUAUAAUGAUUCUAGAAGGACUGUUCUUAGUUUUGGGAUACAUAUUUGGACAUGACGGCAAAUACCUGUCAGAUUAUAGGGUAACCAUUCAGAAGACAGCAGUUGUGGUACGAGGUGAAAAACUGCCUGGUAUGUGGAAAAGAGCAGGAUAUGGUACCAAGAAGGAGUGGACAUAUUCCCUUAAUUUCUGGUGCUUCAACCCUGCUGUGGUUUUCUCAUUCAUUGGCAGUCAGGCUCGUUCUAUUAUUCUUACAUCUGGGACACUCUCUCCCAUGAGUUCCUUUGCUUCAGAGCUUGGUGUUCCUUUUCCCAUUAAACUAGAGGCUAAUCAUGUCAUUGCCAACUCACAGGUCUGGGUUGGUACUCUUGCUGUAGGUCCUAGUAACUCGCCUAUUAAUGCUUCCUAUCGUUUCUCAGAGACUUUUAGUUUUCAAGAUGACAUUGGGAAUCUUCUGCUAGAGGUUUGUGAGAAAAUCCCACACGGAGUACUGUGUUUCUUUCCAUCUUAUAACAUGAUGGAUAAAGUUAGCCGAAGAUGGCAGUCUACAGGUCUUUGGUCCAAACUGCUGCAGAAAAAGCUCGUUUUGUCAGAGCCUCGAGGUGGAGACAAAACAGAUUUUGAUGACGUAAUGCAUGAAUUCUACCAAGCCAUCAGACGUAGUGAAGGCGAAGAUGAUGAAGGUGUUGAUUCAGAUGACGAAGAUUACUGUGUUAAUACAGGAGGUGCUUUGUUUCUUGCUGUGUGUAGAGGAAAAGUCAGCGAAGGCUUGGAUUUUGCAGAUAAUAAUGCUAGAGCUGUUAUCACUGUUGGAAUACCAUUUCCAAACACGAAGGAUCUCAAGGUGGAUCUCAAGCGUAAAUACAACGACGAGCACACAUCAAAGAGAGGCCUGCUGAAUGGUAGUGAAUGGUACGAAAUCCAAGCCUUCAGAGCACUCAAUCAGGCAUUAGGAAGAUGUAUACGACACAAACAAGAUUGGGGAGCCAUUCUUUUGGUUGAUGAAAGGUUUAGUAAAAUGCCAAGAUAUUCUAACAGUAUAUCAAAGUGGGUGCGUCAGAGAAUUCAACAUUACAAGAAUUUCAACCAAGCUAUUGGCUCUCUUAAGGACUUUGCUGAUGCUCGUCAAUUGGUUCCCUGUCCCGCUACCCAGACACCAAAGGUAACACCAAGGAAAAGCUUGUCUAGUACUGCAGAUGGUAGCUUCCUCUCGGAUACUAGUCCAAAUAGAGAGGAACCCGGUACGCCCUGUGUCUCCACACCAUUAGUUCCCAGGAAUGAUUUCAAUGCGACAGAUUCUUCUGUUCCUAACAUUUACUCCAGGCUUUCAGAGCAAGGUAAUCUACAGAGCUCCAACGCACCGAGUCAAGUGGUCAACCAGUCUGUUGAUGAUAUACUAGAGUCUUCUGGUGACCACAGCAAACAGUUCAUAUCUACUCCUAUCAGUCACUCUAAAUCUCUAGAUCAAACCAAACUAAUGGCCCCUGUAGAUCGAAUGUUGGUUCACACUCAGCAAGAUGGUAAGAAGCAUAGCCUCCCAUUAGUAAAUAACGCCAUUCCUGUCAGCUAUCCCAAUCUUGUGGGACAAGCCAAUCCAAGUGGUGUCAACGGGCCACCUCGAACUGCAUUCGGCGUUAAUCCUACAGGAAUCAUUACCGCUGUCAAUCAAGUCCUUAAUGUCAACUCACAGCAAGGGAUAGUCGUGCCUCAGCAGAGUGCACCAGUAGUGAACAAUAUCAAUCCUCAAGCAGUAACUCCGCGGUUAAUCUUCAUCCCUAAAAAUGCCCUAGGGACACCUGCUAAUGCAAUUCCAACCAUUCAUGUCAAUAGUUCUAUAGUACCGAGACCGACCGCGCCCGGUAGCCGGGUCCAGCAGGUGCUAUUCCUAACUCCAGUACAGUUAAAUAACCAAGGACAACCGCCUAGGUUUGUUUACACUACACCUAAAACGAUCGCUUUUACGCCAAAUAAAAAUGGUCCACCGACUCCUGCGACACAAAAUCCGCCAGCCGCUGUAUCUCAAGUUAAAGAAUCCGUAAUACAGGGAAAUGUAGUCAAAAGUCCUGCUAAAGACGCACCUAGACCGGCGUGCUCCGUCAAUGCAGAUCAUAGUACACGAGCUGUGGCUGUGGUAAAGGAAUAUGCGAACCCCAGUGAAAAGCGUGAAGAAGAAAGAAACAUCUCAGGGCAAACUGAUGCGACUGACGAUACUUGUAGUGUUAGCAGGUCCUCUGGAGAGAGUAAUGAUAAUAUAGAAGAAAACAGCGAAGGGUUUGUUGAUAGGAACCAAUCGACUCUAGAAAGUACUUGUGAUGAGGAGGAAGUAGAACGUUCUAAGCAGCCUUUAAACAUGCAAGAUGUAAAAUCAUUGGAAUUACCGUACAUUCCGCACCAAUCUAAAACGAAAAAUAUUGCCAAAAAUAAUAGUAAUGUUAUAAAAGAAGACAAGAACGACGUAGAAAUGCGUGAUUUCGAAUUCCCAGAAUCUCCUGACAUGUUUGCUACCCCAUCACCCGAAGCAGAACAGUUGGAAUCCCAAACUGCCGAGGAUAAGGAGCAUGGCUCAAUAACUGCGACCGCUGAUACAGCGGAUGCGCCUGUCCGCGAGGGACCAGGUGAUGAAUUACAAGCACUACAAAAUGGUGAGUCAAUCCCACAAAUGAAUAAUUCCGGGUGUUCCUCUGGAAAUCCAUUUGGUUUGGGGUUGACCAAGCCUGGCACUGUUGAAGAAGUCCAAUCUCGUGCGGCUUGUAGGAAGGAGAUUGAAGAUGCCAAUAAAGAAGUUUCAGAAGAAAACUCGGACUUUGAAAAUGAAACUUCCACAACUCGAAAAAAGAUGCGAGUUGGUUUGAACCCCUCGUCCGGGAGUCUAAAAAACACUAGUCGGAACUCUGCUAUCGGGGAUACAAAUAUCAAAGUGCAAGAAAACGAGAUGACUCUCAAAUCAGACAUUCCUGAUGAAAUUAAACCUGUGAGAAGAAAUUUAAGACGAGCUGCUCAAAGAAAGGGGGCCAAGACAACCAGAAGCAUAGAUAACAGAAGCGAUGUCAAAGAGGAUUCUAUUCCUACUACGAGUCUUUGUUGUAAACGCUGUAACGCUCAAAUAUUUCAAGGUGUCGCCACGCAACAAACUAUUCAAAGUCAACAUCUGACGAACCUCUACAAUAAGUUAGUUUCGAUGAACCCCAAAACUCGACUGACCAAGAAGCGUAAAAGGGAAGGUUCACUGGACAGAAGAGUGUGGACGGUGGACAAGAAUGAUGUUGGUGAGAAUGUCGUUGCCAUGGCCGAUGCAGAUCAAGUCCCUUCGCAACAGGAUUUACUAAAUGCGCUAUAUGUGCCCUCUGAGAACCACCUGUACGUUCCACUUCAGUGCUCUGGGUGCAACACUAAAAGCACUCCCUGUUUUGUAAUUGGUGUUGAAAUCAUGUCUCUUUCUACUCACACGACGACCACCGUCAACAGUUCAAAAGAGGUUUAUUUCUUCAGUGAGGCUGUUCGUACAUCAAGUUGAUGGUGAUAAACAAAAACAAAAACAAAAACCAAAAAAAAAAAAAACAAAUAGAAAGGAAAGAA